CCACUACGCUUUUCUAUAUUUGAGAUCACGUAUUAAUCUUAAACGUUUAGGACCCCCCCCACCUCAUGUAGAAAACCGUUUAUUUUGUUUGCGGUAACCAGCAGCCGGGAUCGCUCCAAACGAGCAGCGAUGUCGGAUCGCCUCUCGUUUCACUCGCAGCUAUCCUCCAUCAUGGAGGUGAUGGCGAGGACUGCAAUGAUCCAAGUGUGCAAACUUGUGGACGAAGAUUCAGCCGAGCUCCGCUCGGAGCUGUCCAGGGCCAUGGCUGAUAACGCAGCACUGACAGAGAAGCUGCGUCUUCUGGAAGGCGAGCUGAAAACGAUAAGAAGUGAGGCACCAAAGUCUAGUGUAUACUGUCGGGCGACAGGUGUGCAAACUGGGGGCUUUGGAGUCGAGGCUGGCCACGUGACUGGGUCUCCAACGAUAGAUGGGAUCUUUGGGAAGGAUUGGUGUAUGAAUUUGUGGAAAGGCAAGGAUCCAUAUGGAGACAGUCUGGAGAUAGUCAGCUGUUCAGCACAAUCCUCUGACGAUUCAGCAGUGCUGUCUUCAAACCAUAUCACCCUAACUGAAAUUAAAGAAGAUUGUGAAAAAGAAAUUGCGAGCCCUUGUUCACCAGAAGCAUUCAGCCUGGAUGGGAAAGUUGAAGAAUGCCUUGCUCAUGAAACCGAGGCACCACACAUUGAAUACUGCAUUGAUAACACUGACAUCCUGUCAAUUGCCCAAGAAGACCAGAGUGUGUCUAUCGACAGUUUUGGGCAGUCCUCUUUGCACCUUGGACCUAUAACUAUUGAAGAAGCAGAGGAGGAGCACAGCACCAUUGUUGUUCCGAUCGAUGAGGAGGAUAGUGGAGAUGUGCAGUUCAUUAUAGAAAGUAAAAAGCCCUUCAUCACCCCUGUAGGUGAACCCGUCCAAAGUGAAAUUCAAACAUUACCUGGAGACUCUGAACACAAUACUGAUUUUGAGAGCGAUGAAGACAAAUGCGACAACUUGAACACAUUUAAUGUACAAACCAAGAGUAAUACAAACAAAGACAAAUUCCGUUGUGAAAUAUGUAGCAGGGCAUUCUUCCACAAGCGCACCCUCACACUGCACAUGAAAACCCACAAAUCAACCUUCUGCCAAAUUUGCAAGCAACGUUUUCCUCGGGGGCAAAAACUUGCAACUCACAUGUGUGUUUCCCCGGCGCACCCACAUAGUUCACACAAAUCAUGUCAUUUGUGCGGGAAGACUUUCGCAAAUCCAUCAGCUCUGAGGGUGCACUUUGUUGUCCACACAGGAGAGAAGCCCCACAGGUGUGACCUGUGUGGGAAAGGAUUUACCCAAAAGGGGAAUCUUAAAUGCCACCUCCGGAUCCACACGGGUGAGCAGCCAUUCUGUUGCACUGAAUGUGGAAGGACCUUUACACAAAAGGUGACUCUGAAUCACCAUUUAAGGGCUCAUAGAAAAGAAAAAAAGGAGUUCAAGGCUGAAGCUGCCAGAAACAGCAGGCGAUUCAAAAGAUGUGACCUGGAAGUUGUUCGAGUUCCCCAUCUGAAGCUGGAGCUCACCAACGGCUCUGUGAAGUGCACCGUCCUCCUCGUGUUUAGGACUCCCCCCACCGCCUUAUGUAGAAAACCGUUUAUUUUGUUUGCGGUAACCAGCAACCGGAAUCGCUCCAAACGAGCAGCGAUGUCGGAUCGCCUCUCUUUUCACUCACAGCUAUCCUCCAUCAUGGAGGUGAUGGCGAGGACUGCGCUGAGCCAAGUGUGCAAACUUGUGGACGAAGAUUCAGCCGAGCUCCGCUCGGAAUUGUCCAGGGCCAUGGUUGACAACGUAGCACUGACAGAGAAGCUGCGUCAUCUGGAAGGCGAGCUGAAAAUGAUAAGAAGUGAGGCACCAAAGUGUAGUGUAUACUGUCGCACGAUAGGUGUGCAAACUGGAGGCUUCAGAGACAAGGCUGGCCACGUGAUUGGGUCUCCAACGAUAGAUGGGAUCUUUGGAAAGGAUUGGUGUAUGAAUUUAUGGAAAGGCAAGGAUCCAUAUGGAGACAGUCUGGAGAGAGUCAGCUGUUCAGCACAAUCCUCUGACAAUUCAGCAGUGCUAUCUUCAGACCAAAGCACCCUAACUGAAAUUAAAGAGGAGGAUUGUGAAGAAGAAAUAUUGAGCUCCUGUCCAGCAGAAACAUUCAGCCUAGAUGUAAGAGUUGAAGAUGAAUGCCUUGCUUAUGAAACAGAGGCACCACACAUGGAAUACUCCAUUGAUGAUAACGCUGACAGCCUGUCAAUUGCCCAGGAAGACCAGAGUGUGUCUAUCGCCUGUUUUGGGCAGUCCUCUGUGCACCUUGGACCUAUAAAUAUUGAAGAAGCGGAGGAGGAGCACGACACCAUUGUUGUUCCGAUCGAUGAGGAGGAUGGUGGAGAUGUGCAGUUCAUUCUAGGGAAUCAAGAGGAAGGGUUGAUCACCCUUGCAGGUGAACCCGUCCAAACUGAACAGCAAACAUUACCUGGAGACUCUGAAAACAGUACUGAUUUUGAGAGAGAUGAAGACAAACGCGACAACUUGAACACAUUUAAUUUACAAACCAAGAGUAAUAUGAACAAAGACAAAUUUACUUGUGAAGUAUGUAGCAGGGCAUUCUUCCACAAGCGCACCCUCACACUGCACAUGAAAACCCACAAGUCAACCUUCUGCCAAAUUUGCAAUCAACGUUUUCCUCGGGGGCAAAAACUCACAUCUCACAUGUGUGUUUCUCCGGCGCACCCACAUAGUUCACACAAAUCAUGUCAUUUGUGUGGGAAGACCUUCGCAAAUCCAUCAGCUCUGAGGGUGCACUUUGUUGUCCACACAGGAGAAAAGCCCCAUAGGUGUGACCUGUGUGGGAAAGGAUUUACCCAAAAAGGGAAUCUUAAAUGCCACCUCCGCAUCCAUACUGGUGAGCGGCCAUUCUGUUGCACUGAAUGUGGAAGGACCUUUACACAAAAGGUGAAUCUCAAUCACCAUUUAAGGGCUCAUAGAAAAAAAGAGUUCAAGGCUGAAGCUGUCAGAAACAGCAGGCGUUUCAAAAGGUGAUGUUGGUAAUCUGUUGGUAACGGUUUUCAGUUCAAGAACUGUGAAAACGUUUAUCACACUGCACCAUGCAUGUCUGCUGUAAUGUUAAUGUACUGUUAUCCAUCCAUCCAUUAUCCAAACCGCUUAUCCUGAUCUCAGGGUCGCGCGAAUGCUGGAGCCUAUCCCAGCAGUCAUUGGGCAGCAGGCGGGGAGACACCCUGGACAGGCCGCCAGUCCAUCACAGGGCCCACCCACACACACACACACACAUUCACACCUAGGGACAAUUUAGUAUGGCCAAUUCACCUGACCUACAUGUCUGGACUGUGGGAGGAAACUGGAGCACCCGGAGGAAACCCACGCUGACACGGGGAGAACAUGCAAACUCCACAGAGGACGACCCAGGACGACCCCCAAGGUUGGACAACCCCGGCGCUCGAACCCAGGACCUUCUUGCUGUGAGGCAACCGCGCUAACCACUACACCACCGUGCCGCCUAUACUGUUAUGUUCAUGAACAUAUACUGUUCUGUUCUUGUUAUUUUUGUACAACCUGCAAUGCCUGGUUCUAUUCUUAAAAAAACGAAGUUGCAGAAAUUCUGCUAUUUUGUGGCACAGCACAUCUUUUUCAGAUAACUGACAUUUUCCAAGAAGAGCCAACUGGAGUAGUGUUCAAUCUUAUACUUAUAUAUGCUUAAUUGUCAGUAUUUGUUUCCUUUAUCAAAAAAACAAAACAAAAACAAAACACAAAAAAACUUAAGCAUUGUUUAGACUUGGAAUUUCAUGGACAUUACUUUUCCCCCUUUAGUAUGGUGAUGGCAUCUUUUUUAUAAUCCUUACCAAAAUUACAGCUGAAGCCACAUAAUUCACAGAGUAUUUGCUGCUUGGCAUCAGUAGUGUUAUCAGUAUUUAUUUUUCAAAUUCAAAAAGGGAGUCAACCGUCUGGGAGAAGCUUUGGUUUGUUUUGCUUGAGGUCCAUCUCGGUAUGUGAAGAGAAAUAAUAUAAAAAUAAAUUUAUUAACAGUGCAAAAUGUGUGUAGACUCAAACAUAGGGGUAAUUCACUUUAGCGUGUCAUUGUGGUUCUUUCAAUUGGUUGACUAAACGCACACAUGGGUGAGAAAAGUCUAGUGUUACGGAUAACUUUCUUCAUCUAGGCAUGAGAAGAAGAUUGACAUAGUAAUGCUUAUGUUAUUCAGACCAGAUUAGUUUCUGGGACACUUGGUCAUCUGAAAAUUUCCCAUUAGCAUCAAUUUGAUAACAUUUACGUUUUUAAGAGAGAGUGCUUAUUUUCCUACCAGGCCCAAAGGCCCGAAUAAGGAAAUGGGCAGUGUGUUGUAAAAACAGGCCUGGCAUAGAGUAAUGGAGUGAAAAACACUUUUGCUUGCCUUUUAAAGUUAAACAUUAGAAGUUUUCCCUACCAAGCGAUGUGACAUAUUGUUGUUGUCGGGCGGAAACCUUGUAUGUGCAAAGUGCAAAAUAGAAACGGGGGAGAACCCCCCCCCCCCGUGUUUUUAAAAUAACACUGUCGUAAGGUCAGAUGUCACGUCAUUAUAUUAGUCUUUAUCAAAAUCAAACUCAAAUGGAGUUAUGAGGUUUUUGACAACAGAAUGUCAAGAGACGUGUUUGGGCUGCAUCAGAGGCAGUAAGUGUAUCGCAUUACGUUAUCAACCUACAGGUUACAAUGUUUAUUGUACCUAUGUGUGCGCUCAGCUUUUCCUGUUGAAUACAUCUGGCCAAAAUCUUGCUAUCGAAGAUUAAGUCAUAUGAACAGGCUACUGAAGACCGUAUUGGCUAUGACUAGAUGGCAAAUGCUCUAAACUGUACUCUAACCUACCGUGG